GAGAUUCCAGAUUUCCCUGCUGGCGCAGGUGGACCUCCCAGUGGGCUGCCAGUGGUGGGCUUUCCUGCUGAGCAGGUUUCUUGGUGGAUCCGUGGCUUGAAAUCGCAGCCAAGAGAUUCCCUUCCCAGCGGCGAUUUCACAUCCCUUCAGUUCGUCGGAUUAUCGCCGGCUUAGUCCUCUCGCCUGCGUCGUUCGGCGUGCUGCGGUGAACACUCGCCGCCGCGGUUCAGCAGGACGCGGUUCGCCAUAGUGCAGAUUUGCCGUGCCGCGAUCUGGACAAGCCAGUUGCGCAUUCUCGCGGCCGGAUUUGCACAUCUCGCGGCGCAUUGCACGGAGAGGGAAGCAUGGCGCGUAUGCGCGGAUCCGCGUCGAUCCAAGUGCUGCUCGUUCUCCUCGCGCUGCUCGUCUCGCCAUCUCUAGCCAAGACCCCGUCGCCUCCCCCUCCCAAGAAAUCCCCGCCCUCUCCGCCGCCAGUACCGGCGCCUUCUCCGGCGCCCAUUCCUUCCCCCGCCCCAACCCCCGCGCCUUCCCCAACUCCCGCACCCUCCCCAACGCCCGCACCCGCGCCCGCCUCUAUCGCUCCGCCCAUUCCUCCCCCUGUCCUCGCCCCGCAACCCGCACCCACACCCGCUCCCACCCCGUCUGCCCCCCCGUUCCCCCUCCCGCGCCUCCCCCCGAGAUCUCCCCGCCAGUGGCUCCCCCGGUUCUUCCCCCCGCGCCGCCGCCAGUUGUCGGAGCCCCGCCAGAAAUCCCCCCACGGGAUGCCGCUCCUCCCUCGGAGGCAGGGCGCGGGGAAGCCCCUCCGCCAGAGGCAGGGCGCGGGGAAGCCCCUCCGCCAGAGGCAGGGCGCGGGGAAGCCCCUUCGCCAGAGGCAGGGCGCGGGGAAGCCCCUCCGCCAGAGCCAGGGCGCGGGGAAGCCCCGCAGCCGGCGCUGUUUCCCCCGCCGCAGGGUGUGCAGGGGAAUGACUACAUGCCCGUCGAUGACUACGCCGAUUUCGUGCGCUCGCUGACUCCGCCGCCUCCGCCGGCGCCCGCGCCGUCGAGCGGGCUGAGCGGAGGCGCGAUCGCGGGAGCGGUGAUCGGAGUGAUUCUGGGAGUCGGCGUUCUGGCGUUCGUCAUCUGGAUCUGCGUUCAGCGGUCGCGAAAUGCCGCUCGUACUGCGGGGCGCGGCGGUUACGGCGACGUGAACUUGUAACUCUUUCGUUUCGCUGAGCUUCGCGGAGGGUGUCGCGAAUCGAGAAAUGCCCCGUUAUGAGAUUCUUCGUUUGGUGGCAUUGUGUUCGGAUCGUCGAAAUGAAAAACAGUGAGUUGCGGCACGGGUGUAGUGCCGUCCUGGAUUCAUUCGGAACGAAGCAGCGUCAGAUCUGCUUGUAGCGGGUAUUUCUAGUGGUGGGACAUUUCUAGUGUGACAUUGCUAGUGGGAUAUUGUUUACUGUAGCUUCGCAGGUAUUUUCGUUGUCGUGUGCCCUGCUGAACAUCAAAGUCAAAAUUCAAGUGUUAAACAAAUCAUUCUUCCUGCCUCACUGCUCCACUGCCCCACUGCCUCACUGCCUCCCUGCCUCCCUGCAUCCAUCCCUUCCUGACUCCCUGCAUCCCUCCCUACCUACAUUUCAGCCCCCCUGCUCCCCUCUUCCCCUUUGCCCCCCCAGCAUCCAUCCAUCCAUAUGUUUCUCCCGCUCUCGGUCUAUCUUCCCCUCACGUCUUGCCUCCCUCCCUCCUGCUUUACUUCCUUGCCCUCACUCUCUCUUCUCUCUCCUCCCCCCCCUCCCCGCUGCUCACAUACUCCAUCUCCCUCACUCACUCUCUGCCUCCCUUCGUAACUCUUUUCACCACGGAGUCUUUCGCCCUUGGAUGAUCUUAUGCCUCGGAUGGUCACAUGCCAUUGCUGCUAACUGAAGUCUCUAAUAAUUUACCUUUUGGCAA